CUCUUUUGCCGCAUUAAGACCCUCGUCUCCCCUAAUAACCUCCUCAAAAAUUGAAAAUUUCUCUUCAUUUAUAGCCGUUACAAUCCUGUCUCUGUCGGUCUGUUUCUCACUAUGACCAGUCUUUGUUCACUCCCAGUACCAAGCAGCACUAUGCCGACGGCGAAUGGACAUGAGUCCGCUGAAUCAUCGGUGGAGCAAAAUCAAAUGGGUAGUUCCUUAAAGCGGAAAAGACCACCCAGUCUUCAGAUUCCGGCUGUCUUGAGAGAGAUAGCAUCGGACUGUACUAAAACUCCAAGAUUUGGAGGAUUUGGUUCUGAAAAAGAAGAACCUGUUCGUUUCUGUCGGCCUGGUGUUGGGCUUGUUUCGAUUAAGGGUAAGAAAAAGUUCAUGGAAGAUGCCCACACUAUUGUUGUUUCUAAUUCCUCCUGUGAUAUCAAGAAUUUCUUUGGUGUUUAUGAUGGUCAUGGAGGAAGGAAAGCUGUAGAUUUUGCAGCUGAGAAUUUGCAUAGAAAUAUUAUGGAUAGGCUUGAUAAUUGUGAAGGAAAUGAAUCAAAAGAGGGAGCUGUUAAGGCUGGAUAUCUUAAAACUGAUGAGGAUUUUCUCAAACAGGGUUUAGGUAGUGGUGUAUGCUGUGUGACUGCUUUGAUUGAAGAUGACAAACUUGUAAUUUCCAACGUGGGAGAUUGUAGGGCGGUGCUUUCGAUUAAUGGAAUUGCAGAAGCUGUGACGAAAGAUCAUAGAGCUGGGGAUGAAGAUGAACGAAAGAGAAUCGAGGACAAGGGAGGGUAUUUGGUUUUCCAUAAAGGAGCAUGGAGAGUUCAUGGAAUACUGGCAGUUUCUAGAAGCAUUGGAGAUGCUCACUUAAAGGAUUGGGUAAUAGCCGAGCCCGAUACAAAAACACUCGCCUUAACUCCCCAAAAAGACUACCUAAUCCUAGGUUCGGAUGGACUCUGGGAAGAGGUUGGAAAUCAAGAAGCAAUUGACAUAGUGAGAUCGUCGUGUUUGAAGGAGAAGUUUGUUCCAACCACCACAAUGCGAAAGGUUUUGAGUGUAAAGAAAAAGAAAAACAAGAACAAAGGGCGAUCUAUUAGCUUUGAGUUUGAAGAAGAUAAAGAAAAUGGUGGUGAAAUGGAAACCAACAGCCUUCCUCCUCCAUCAAAGAUUAGAAAGAUCGAGAAAACGACAGUUUCUAGUGGAGUAUUGAAUGCAUGCAACCGACUUGUGAAUCUUGCGGUCACAAGGGGUAGUUUAGAUGAUAUAACCGUAAUGGUAAUUGAUCUUAAUCAUUUCAAGAAACAAUGAAUUAUCUAUGACAUGUUGAGAUAAAAGAAAUUUAUUUGCAUGAGCAAAAUAAUGCAUGUUUAUUUCAUUAUU